CGGCGGGGCGCGGCCAACGCUGGGACACCGCACACAGCUGGACACUGCCGGGCGCCCAUGGCGUUCGCGCUGCUGCGCCCCGUCGGUGCGCACGUGCUGUACCCAGACGUGCGGCUGCUGAGCGAGGACGAGGAGAACCGCAGCGAGAGCGACGCGUCGGACCAGUCGUUCGGCUGCUGCGCCGUUCCCGCCGCCGCCGCCGACGGCCGUCAGCCGCGCUCCAUCUGCACCUUCUGCCUCAGCAACCAGCGCAAGGGGGGUGGCCGUCGUGACCUGGGUGGCAGCUGCUUGAAGGUGAGGGGAGUGGCCCCCCUCCGAGGGCCACGGAGAUGAGUCUGGGCCUUUGUGGCAUUUGCUCCAAGCAGAACCCCAGAGGAGGAAGCCAGGAGCUGGCCAUAGGCUGGACAGGGGAGAAGACCCUAGGAGCUGAACCCAGCCCUUCUCUGCUGGGACCAGGGGACCAUGGCCUAUGCCCAGGACGCUCUGGGCAGGGCCCCGUGGACAUCGCCACUCCACCCUGGAGAGCUGUGAGGACCUGUUCAGCUCGCCCAGCCCUGGCUGGUCAGAGACAAGGCAGGACUUUUGGAAAACCAGAGACUGUUGGUGACAGGGGGUGUGUGCAUGUCUGUGCAUGAGUGUGAGUGUGUAUGUGUGAGAGAGAGAGAAUUGGUGGGUUUAAAAUAAAAAGUAUUUUUAAAUAAAAGAUAUUGUUCCCAGCUGAGGGAGA